GUUGAAAGUCCCAGUGCUAUAAACAAGUGUUCUCAUGAGUUUAGACACAGACUUCAGAAGUUGAGAAGUUGUUGUCCUCUCCGCGGAUAACAGUUGAGAUGCGCAUAUUAUUAUUACCUUUAGGACAAAUUGAAUGUGUUCGUCAACAUCUUAUUUUGGCAUAAUAAGAAGCAUGGAUUCUCGAGUAGAUUCGACAGAUGGAUUUUCAACCUAUGAGGGCACUCCUCGACCACCGACGCAGCUCAAGGAGCACAAAAGACCCGAAUCACCUUUACCUUUCAGUGUGGAUGCGAUCAUGUUGGAUAGAAUAACUCCUGGCGACCGAGGGAGACGCCACAGCGGUACGAUAAUCUCUCCCCUGGGGAAUUACUGUAUAUCGGUGUCCAGAGAGGCGUCUAGUACAGAAGAAUUUCCUCACAACUUUGACCCGUCUUCUUCGACAGUUAAAUCAGAGACUUCGGAACCAGGGGACUUUGCGUCCAAUUUGGCUCCAGUGCUCAACCAGCUCAGUCCCUCCUUAAGGAAACACAAGAUCAACAGGAAGCCCCGGACCCCCUUCACCACCUCCCAGCUCCUGUCCCUGGAGAGGAAGUUCCAUCAGAAACAGUACCUGUCCAUCGCUGAGCGGGCUGAGUUCUCCUCCUCCCUGUCUCUCUCAGAGACCCAGGUAAAGAUCUGGUUCCAGAAUCGACGGGCUAAAGCCAAGAGACUGCAGGAGGCAGAGGUGGAGAAACUCAAGAUGUCCGCCGCAGGUGUUGGAUCCAAGCCGGGGUUCUAUCACCCGGGGUUCUCCUCGCUGCCGUUUCCCCUCUGUGUCAGUCUGGGUGGUCUAGGGGGUCUGGGUGGGUGGGUCUCAGGGAUGUACGGAGGACAGGGGUUCCCCUUCAGACGCACCCCUCUGUUAAAAACAGAACCACAUCUGGGGGUGUACACCUCACCUAUAGGGUACGGACUGUUCCACCUGUCCUGAAAGGUUUGUGUGUGUGUGUGUGUGUGUGUGUGUGUGUGUGGCGUGCGAAUGCGAUGAACCUCACAACAAGAUUUCAAAUUAUACCCUAACUCUCAGGGAUGCCUUGAAUAUAUUGUGCUGGACCAACUUUGAUAUAUUCAACAGAUGUGGAAGUGUGCAUAGUUAUACGGUAGCUUGUGUUCCCUGGUUUGUUACGGAAGAGCCUAGCGCAUCAGAACACCCCAUAGUUCCAACACCCAUAGCACAAGCUCCAUUGCAGUGUCAUUGUUCAUUUAUUCUAUAGCCCUGACCUCCUGACCUGUGCUGUAUUUGCCAAAGUUUGUUGGAUCGUUUCGUAGGAUACUGAUCCACCAUGUGUCUGAUCACUCCCAAAAUACUAGAUUAGCUCUAUAAUAACAUAUUUAUUAAAUAAAUGUAAUAUAAUAUAUAUUUUAUGAAAUGUAUCUACAAGUGUAAAUAUUUUGUGAUCUGAUGUUGAAAAUAAAAUGUUAUUUGCUGUU